AUGGCGGAUAUUCAGGUCGAUGUUCUCGUCAUCGGUGCCGGGCCGACUGGCUUGGGCGCUGCUAAGCGUCUUGACCACAUCAAUGGGCCGUCUUGGAUGAUCAUUGACGCCAACGAGAAGGCUGGCGGUCUUGCGUCCACUGAUAUUACCCCUGAGGGAUUCCUUUACGAUGUCGGCGGUCACGUCAUCUUCUCCCACUACAAGUAUUUUGACGACUGCAUCAACGAGGCCCUGCCCAAGGAUGACGACUGGUACACCCAUCAGCGCAUCUCGUACGUGCGGUACAAGAACCUCUGGGUUCCCUACCCCUUCCAGAACAACAUCUCGAUGCUGCCCAAGGAGGACCAGGUCAAGUGCAUUGACGGGCUCAUCGACGCUGCCAUGGACGCCCGCGUCUCUACCACCAAGCCCAAGAACUUCGACGAGUGGAUUCUUCGGAUAUGCGGUGAGGGUGUCGCCGAUGUCUUCAUGCGGCCGUACAACUACAAGGUUUGGGCCGUCCCCACAACCAAGAUGCAAUGCGAGUGGCUGGGCGAGCGUGUUGCGGCUCCCAACCUCAAGAUGGUCACGCAGAACGUGAUCCUCAACAAAGUUGCCGGCAACUGGGGUCCCAACGCCACCUUCCGCUUCCCCGCAAGGGACGGAACUGGUGGUAUCUGGAUUGCUGUGUCGGACACACUUCCCAAGGAGAAGAAGCGGUACGGCCAGAAGAACGAGGUCACCAAGGUGGACGCCGAGAAGAAGACGGUCACACUGAAGGACGGCACCACCAUUGGCUACGGCAAGCUCAUCAACACCAUGGCCGUCGAUUCCCUUGUCGAGAAGAUGGGCAACCAGGAGCUGGUCACUCUCUCCAAGGGCCUGUACUACUCAUCGACCCACGUCAUUGGUGUUGGUAUCCGCGGCGAGCGCCCCGAGCGUAUUGGUGACAAGUGCUGGCUUUACUUCCCCGAGGACAACUGCCCCUUCUACCGCGCCACCAUCUUCUCCAACUACUCCCCAUACAACCAGCCGCAGGCUGAUGCUAAGCUGCCGGCGCUGUACCUCGCCGACGGUAGCAAGCCCAAGUCCACCGAGGUCCAAGGAGGGGCCAUACUGGGACUCAUCAACACCGAGAUGAUCAAGCCUGAUGACGAGAUCGUGUCGACCUACCACCGCAAGUUCGACCACGGUUAUCCGACGCCGUCGCUCGAGCGUGAGGGUGUUCUCAAGCAGCUCCUUCCCAAACUCCAGGACAUGGACAUCUGGUCUCGUGGCCGCUUCGGCAGCUGGAGGUACGAGGUCGGUAACCAGGACCACUCGUUCAUGCUCGGCGUGGAGGCUGUCGACAACAUUGUCAGUGGCGCCGUUGAGCUGACGCUCAACUACCCCGACUUUGUCAACUCUCGCCAAAACACAGAGCGUCGGCUUGCCCAAGGCUUUUACACCGGGUCAUCGUCAAGCAGCGCUGUCCCUUCCCGGCCGAAGGCUUAA